UUUUUUAUAAAAAUAAACCAGCUCCUUCAUUUAAACCCAUUCCAAUUACAAAACAAGAAUCCAUUGCUCAAGAAAAUGAAUCAAAUAUGACCAAUAAUGAAAUUAAAUUCAAAAUUGAAUCUCUUCUUGAACAAACAAGUAGAAGUGUCCAACAAAAAUAUUGUGGAUUUAAGUCAAAAAAUAAGAAUG